UCACUGGGUCCUGGCCAGAGAUUCCCCACCGCCACCCGGCGAUCGCUGAGUAACACUGACAGGGGAGAGACCUUAACAUGCUGCUGUGUAUUUCUCUGCAUAGCAGAGAGAUACACAGCAGUAUGUUUCCCUAGUAAAACACACACAGCACACAUAGUAAAACAGCACACAGUUAACCUUUUAUCACCCCACAUGUUAACCCCUUCCUGCCCAGUGCCAUUAGUACUGUGUCAGUGCUUUUUAUUAGCACUGAUCACUGUAUUAGUGUCAUUGGGAUGUCAGUGGCAGUUAGUCAGUCUCCCCCCCCCAGUGUCAGAAUGCCCACCGCAGUCCCGCUAAAA